AUGUACAGAAUAGAUGUUUCAGAUUUUUAUGACUUCCAAGCAUUCAGAAAUAUGUGUCCAUUUAGAGACUAUAACAAAGCAGUCGAGAAUUUGAAACGUUUAGUCAUUUAUGUCGACUCUGCCCCAGAAUGUUAUGUCAUGAAAGAAUGGGAUGUUGUCUUUAACAAACCAAGAGCAACAAUAGUUUCAGAACAAGAAUGUAGACAGAAACUUAAGAAAAUAAAAGUCGUACAAGUUGGCAUGAAGAUGUUAGAUGCUUGGGAUAUCUUAUUGUCAAAGUUAGAAGAUUUUUCAGUUCGAGGUAUAAAGUUCUAUACACCUUCUCCAAACUUCUAUUCUAUCUUCACUGGAUAUAAAUACGAACAAGUAGAAUGGAAAGAAAAUAUUAUAGAAGCUUGGUUAGACCAUGUCAAAGAAAUUAUAUGCAAUGGAAACGAAAGAGUCUAUGAGUAUAUCUUAUGUUGGUUUGCAAACAUCUUACAACAUCCAAGUGCUAAAAAUGAAACUGCUCUCAUUAUAAUUGGAAAACAA